AAAUGGAACGUUUUCUAAGCGAAUAUACGCGUGCGGGAUUGGUUCGGAUGUGCGAAACGGCGGGACUAGCACUGUCCGGAACCAAGGAAGAAUUAGCUAAGCGUUUAUUAGAAGCAGGGGUAACAAGCGACGGCCAGCGCGAGGAAAAUAUCGGCGAAAUAAACGCGUCUGGAUAUUUUGACGUGGAUGCGGAUUCAGAAACUGGCAGCAAUGGUGCGACUGCGGCGGGUGGUGCUAUGGCUGUUACCGCGGAAUCGAGAGCAAUUGUGACAGAAGUGGUGUCACAAAAGAUGGAUGUGCCUAGAAGUAUAGAAACACAUGCACCGUUUGUGCAGCCCUAUUCGUUCCGCGACGUGGAAGAAGGCAUUGACCCUUACGGCAAUGACCUUACCAAAGACAUUGGGGCAUGGUUUGACGAUUUCGAGGGAGUGGCCAACAUGGCGCACUGGACAGACGAGCAAAGAUUUAUUAUGUGCCGGAGAAAAAUGGUGGGAGUUGCGCGGAGUUUUCUCUCGACUGAAAGAAACAUAAUAUCGUACGCAGCUUUGCGAUCAAAGCUGAUGAAGGAAUUUGGUGAAAUAGUGCGGUCGAGUGAUGUGCAUAGGCGGCUUAUGUCACGGGUAAAACGUCCCCAGGAAACAAUGCUCGAAUACGUGUAUGAGAUGCAGCGUAUAGCUCGAGAUACGGAAAUCGAUGUUGAGAGCAUCAUCGAGUAUAUCGUGGACGGUGUGGCGUGCGACACAAAAGUGCGUGCAUCCCUUUAUCGAGCGCGCAGUAUGGCCGAGCUGAAAGAAGAGCUGUUGCGCAUGGAGAGAGCGGAGAAGAAAAGUGUUGUGAAGAGGAACAAUGGUCAACAAGAUCAAAGGAAUGGUGGGGUAGGUUUGCGGAAGUGUUAUAUUUGCGGGGAGUUAGGGCAUGAAGCACAAAAGUGUGUUAAGUCAACAAAAUGUUUUGAAUGCGGUAGAUCGGGGCAUCGGGCGAAGGAUUGUUCUAUCAAGAAGCGACUGGUAGCUGACACGCGCGCUAUUGUACCGAGUACAAAUGAGCGAUCUCCGGUAAAGUGUUUCAAAUGUGGAGGCGUGGGGCAUAUCGCUCGAAACUGUAAUAAAAAUAGCUACAGCGUGAUGGGAGGUCAGAUCCAGGAAUCAAAUAAAGAAUUACCAACAAAACAAGUGAGCGUGUGCGGGAAGGAAUAUGCGGCUCUGAUCGACACCGGGAGCGAGGUAUCACUCAUGCGUGAAGAUGUUUUCGCGGGACUUCCAUCGCAGUUCAAACAAUGGAAACAAUCGAACCACAUUUUGAGAGGGCUAGGUGGAGUGCCCCAAAAUGGAUUCGGCGAAGCCACACUUGCCGUAAACAUAGACAAUUGGGUAUAUCAGGUGCAGUGGGUUCUGGUACCAUACGAGGCGAUUAGAACACCCCUUAUCGUAGGUAUGGAUUUUUUGCAUUCUGUUAAUUACAAUAUUAACAACGAAACGGUCAUGAUCGAGCCCCGAAGAAACGAGCAUGUGUUGGGGAUACAGAGAAAUGAAGAAGAACACGAACGACAACAGCAUGUGAACAAUAUUUUAAGCGAAGUGAUGAACACAAUGUGCGCCAGCGAGACAAUGGAACCGGUUAUCCCGCCUCAAUUUCGGGGCGAGAUAAUGACAAUGAUCGAGACAUACAAUAAUACCAGCUGCAGUGAGAGAAAAGAAACGUGUCCAGUUAAGUUGGAAAUUGUUCCAGACGGACAGAUAAUGCCGUUCCGCCACCCACCAAGCAGAUUGUCUUUUUCGGAAUCUGAAGCAGUGGAUGCGCAAGUGGAUGAGUGGCUUAAAGAGGGUAUUGUUAGGCCUUCUGUGUCGAAUUUUGCGAGCCGCAUAGUUAUAGUGAAGAAAAAGGACGGGAGCAACCGGGUGUGUGUCGAUUAUCGGAAAUUGAAUUCGAUGAUUUUGAAAGACGGAUUCCCGAUACCAGUAAUCGAUGAUGUCGUGCAAAAACUACAAUGUGCACAAUGGUUCACGGUUAUGGACCUGGAGAAUGGAUUUUUCCAUGUGCCGGUAGCAGAGAAUAGUAAAAAAUAUACAGCGUUUGCAACGAGACGAGGGUUGUACGAGUUUAAUCGCGCGCCGUUUGGUUUGUGUAAUUCGCCCGCAGUGUUUAUCCGGUAUGUUAAUCAUGUGUUUCGGGAUCUUAUUACAAACAACCUACUGGAUUUGUACAUGGAUGACAUGGUUAUCCAUGGCUCAACCGAACGAGAAUGUUUAUGGAAAACGGAAAGAGUGUUAAAAGUGGCAGCAGAGCACGGUUUGAACAUUAAGUGGAAAAAGUGCCAGUUCAUGCAAAGGGAAAUAACGUUUUUGGGUCAUCGGGUGAAAACUGGACAGAUAUCGCCAAGUGUGGAAAAAAUAAAUGCAGUGAAACAUUUUCGUAUUCCGCAGAACGUUAAAGCAGUGCAAGCGUUUCUGGGAUUAACGGGGUUUUUCCGGAAGUUUGUAAAAGACUAUUCGAAAAUCGCCAGGCCGCUUACGGAUUUGUUGCAGAAAGAUACAUCUUUUGAAAUAACGGGAAGUGCAUUGGAAGCCUUCAAACGGCUAAAAGAGGAAUUAAUAAAAGAGCCAGUGUUAAGGUUAUUUGAUCCCGAAGCAAAAACGGAACUUCAUACGGACGCUUCAAAAGCAGGGUUUGGUGCAACAUUGUUACAGUGGGUAGAAGGAAAAUUGCAUCCAGUGUAUUUUUGGAGUAAAAAGACAAGUGAACCGGAAUCCAACAAACAUAGCUACGUGCUCGAGGCUAAAGCAGUGUUUCUAGCGGUUAAAAAGUUUCGGCAGUAUCUUUUGGGUCGUCCUUUUAAAUUAGUUACUGACUGUGCAGCGUUUAAGUGUACAUUGAAAAAAUCGGAAGUGCCGCAGGAAGUGUUACCAUGGGUGAUGUUCUUACAAGAUUUUGUGUUUGAAGUUGAACACCGAUCGGGUAAAAAAAUGCAACACGUGGACUGUUUGAGCCGAUAUCCGACGGAAGUGAUGACUGUGACAAAUGAACUAACGGCACGUAUUCGUAAGAACCAACAACAGGACGAGAUGGUGAAAGCAAUUAGUGAAAUUCUAUUGGAUAGGCCCUACGGAUCGUAUAAAUUGAAAGGAGGACUUUUAUACACUGUAGUGGAUGGAAACGAACUAUUAGUGAUUCCACGAAACAUGAGGAAGCAGAUCAUAGAAAACGCACAUAACGACGGGCAUUAUGGGGCACAGCGUACUAUGCAUACCAUAAGGCAGAAGUUUUGGAUUCCACAUCUAGAGGUAUUGGUGAAGCAACAUAUCUCGAACUGUGUGAAGUGCAUCUUACACAACAAAAAGUUAGGACGACAAGAGGGAUGCUUGAACCCAAUCGACAAAGGAGAUGCGCCUCUACGUACAUUGCAUUUGGACCAUGUGGGGCCCAUGGAUGCCACUUCAAAACAAUACAGGUAUAUUUUAACCGUGGUGGAUGGGUUUUCUAAAUUUGUUUGGCUUUAUCCUACUAGAACAACGAAUGCGGAGGAAGUGUUGCAAAAACUGGAGAGUUGGUCGUCGAUAUUCGGAUAUCCGACCCGAGUAAUAACGGACAGAGGGGCAGCGUUCACGGCUAAGGUAUUUGCCGAAUUCGUUCAGAAGCAAAACAUCGAGCAUAUCGUCUCCACUACGGGAGUACCACGAGGAAACGGCCAGGCGGAACGUAUAAAUCGGACGAUUUUAUCAGUGCUGGGAAAACUAUCGAUGGGAGAUACCGCUAAGUGGUAUAAACAAAUCAACAGAGUUCAACGGUCGGUAAACGGGCACCUUAAUUCGUCAACAGGGCGAUCUCCAUUUGAAUUAAUGUUUGGGGUCAGAAUGAGACAGGCAUCUGAUGAUUUAUUACACGAAAUGCUGGAAAAAGAAUGGUAUGAAGAAUACGAACGGGAUAGACAGGGUAUGAGACAAGAGGCCAGAAAAGAAAUAGAGUUGGCGCAAAAGAGAUAUAAGGAGCAAUUUGAUAAGAAAAGAAAGCCGGAACAUGGGUAUAAGAUUGGUGAUUUGGUAGCAAUAAAGAGAACUCAAUUUGUGGCAGGAAGAAAGUUAGCUAAUGAAUUUUUGGGUCCGUACGAAAUAACGAAGGUAAAAAGAAAUGGGCGAUAUGACGUUAAAAAGGCAGCUAGUUGCGAAGGGCCUCAAGUUACGAGUACGAGUGACGACAAUAUCAAACUAUGGUCAUAUGCUACGAUUGAAUCGUCUGACGAAGACGAAUUAGAUGAAGAUCAGGAAUUGAAGGAAUAAGGAUAAGUAAACUAGGUGUAGGACAUCGAGGAUCGAAGUCCAUCAGGAAGGGCCGAGUGUAGAAUUGUAUGUAAAGUUGAAAGCUAGUAUUGCCUGAUGCAAUCGGGAUAAUGUUAUAAAGAAGAGAACUUGGGCUGAGCAGUCAGUCGUUGAUCAGAACUCAAUAAAGCAACACCGUCAAAAGAGAAAAAGUCUGUGUCAACGUUCUCCCUCAUUCGGUCCACCUCCUCCACCCCCUCGUUUGCAGUCAUCUGCUGAACGCAACCAUAAAUACACGUAGUAGGGAAACCCGUCUCCGAACAGAAUGCUAUCUGCGAAAGGAAACGUAUUUACGCUUUGGGUUGCAUCUUGGAUGGGUCUGAUGUGCUUAUCAGCGUACUGUACUCCAGCACAGAAAUCUCUGCUCCCGCAGCCUCCGAUGUGUGGCAAUGAUGCACCAGAACGUCUCAUUACUAGCCUAGUUGCUCAACUCGAUGAGGCCCCCUGGAUGGCGUUGAUCGAGUAUUGGAAGCCGAACGGAAGCUUAAGCUAUCUGUGUGGAGGAUCAUUGAUCAACGAGCGUUACGUCGUUACAGCUGCUCACUGCGUUACUUCACUGCCGCAAGGUUGGACAGUCCACCGGAUACGGCUUGGUGAGUGGGAUCUGAGCACUUCGGAGGACUGUGACCACAGUCGGUGCAACGAUGCACCGAUCGAUGUGGCAGUUGAUAAAAUCACUGUUCAUGAGGACUACAAAUCACCGAGCAGAAAUCAUCGUAAUGAUAUAGCGUUGAUUCGCCUAGACCGACAGAUGCAUUACACCGAGACAGUGGCACCCAUCUGUUUACCUCAGAAUGGCUCGCUUCAAACACAACGGUACCGAACCAUGCACAGCGUCGGUUGGAUUGAGGAGAAUUUCGGGCCAAUUGGCGGGAAGAAGCUACAGGUGGAACAGGACUUGGUGGAUUUUCAGAAUUGCUCUUCGAACUAUCUGCAGGCUAGUAUUGCCUUAGCGGACACUCAGCUUUGUGUAGUCCAGCAGAAAGACACUCGCAUCGAUAUCGCUGGUGGUCCAUUGAUGCAACGGAUUGCAGGGCAUUGGUAUCUUUUUGGAGUGGCAAGUUUUGGGGGGCGGAACUAUGGUACGGUUAAACUGCCCAACGUUUACACCAACGUGAUGGAAUAUGUCAAUUGGAUUCAAAGCAACAUGGAAUAGAAAUUGGCAUUGCUAUGGAGGCUUUUGGAAGUUUCGGAAAGUUAUUAAACUUUGAUUGAGUAUGUAAUCUUAAAAAUAAAUGAAAUCUUCAUGCUAAAAA